GAGGUGGGGAGUGUUCAGCCGGUCUCUCCUCCCUCUGCUGCAGCCGCCAUGCUGCUGUCCGCCGCUCGUCUCGGUGCAUCCUGGUCCUCCUCUCCCCCCCCCGCCGCAUCCCUGAAUCCCGGGUUAGAGGACCGGCUCGGCUCGGCUCGGUGACCAUCCAGACCCACCGGAGUAAGACCGGAGCACCGCACCCCGGGGGGGUGGAAGAGGAGAAAGCCUCCAUAGCAACAAACCGGUUUCACGGCAUUAUCGCGUUGAGGACACCCAAACCCCCCAAACCCAGGACGGCAAACCAUCGCGCCGGGUGUGAAGCAGGACUCAACGUGCCGGUGGCUGGGAAGGUCACCGCGAGGGCAGAGUCUGACUUCUGGAUUGAAGCUUCAAUGAAGUACAUUCAUGUGGAGGAAGGGCUGUUCGUAGUAUUGAACAUGGUUUAAUCAGGAUACCACUGGAUGGACUACUUCCCCAGAAGCUGGAGCCACAUCUGCUGCCUCUGAACCACCAGGACCGGAUACCUACCUUUCUUCAAGCUGGUUCGUUGGGCCAACCGGACGAGUGGAGGUGUGAAUGCCAAAGGGAUCACAGGCUGCGUUUUUGAGACUUUAAAACCACAUUUUUCAAGGACUACAACCAGAGGCGACCGGUUCCCCAUUGCUCUUGAUGGGAUUAUAAAAAUAUCUCGGCACAAAGGAAGUUACCGGUUACCGGGUCACCCAACUUAACUUAUUCUAUAAGAGUCACCGUUUCUCGUUGUUGGAAGAUGGAGCCGAUGUAGCACGGAGUGUGUUGGACGCUGCCGGACCGGCCUUCACCAUGUCUUUGAGCAAGACGCUCGAGCUGGAGCACUUUGACGAACGCGACAAGGUUCGCCGGGGUCGCUCCACCCGCACCAAGAGAGAUGACUCUGGGUCUGGCCCCAGUUCCCGGGGCAGCAGCCUGGUCCCUAGCCCCGCCCACAGCGCCAACUGCAGCUACUACCGGACCCGGACCCUGCAGGCGCUCACCUCGGAGAAACGGGCCAAAAAGGUGCGGUUCUACCGCAACGGAGACCGGUACUUCAAGGGUCUAGUGUACGCCGUUUCCAGCGACCGGUUCCGCUCCUACGAUGCGCUGCUGAUGGAGCUCACACGCUCUUUGGCGGAUAACUUGCAUCUACCUCAAGGGGUCCGGACCAUCUACACUAUAGAUGGCAGCAAGAAGAUCACCAGCAUGGACGAGCUGGUGGAAGGCGAGUGCUACAUCUGUGCCUCCAACGAGCCUUACCGAAAGGUCGACUACAAGAAGAUCUCCAUCCAGAGCUGGAAGCCCGGUGCCGCCGGAGCCGUGGCCGGAGCCGCGAGCUCGGGUCGGCCCUCCACGGCGUCCGCGGGGGUGUCGGCGAGCACCGGCGGCGGCGGUGGCACCGGUGGCGGCGGCUCCUCCAAAGACCGCCUCGAAGGCCGCGAGGGCAGAGAGAGCAGAGAGAGCAAAGAGUUCAUCAAGCCCAAGCUGGUGACGGUGAUCCGCAGCGGCGUGAAGCCUCGCAAGGCGGUGAGGAUCCUGCUGAACAAGAAGACGGCGCACUCCUUCAAUCAGGUGCUGGCCGACAUCACCGAGGCCAUCAAGCUGGACUCCGGCGCCGUGAAGAGGUUGUACACGCUGGACGGGAAACAGCUGACGAGUCUGCAGGAUUUCUUCGGGGAAGACGACGUGUUCAUGGCGUGCGGACCGGAGAAGUUUCGCUACGCUCAGGACGACUUUGUGCUCACACAGUGCAGCAAGACACCGGCUUUUGUUAACGAAUGCAGAGUGAAGGUACCUCGCUCUGCCGCCCAUCCAAAAACUACAACUCCCAAGGUCCCUAGCGGCUCCAGCUUGUCCCCUAAGACUCCGCCCAGAGGCCUCUGCAGGACCAAGUCUCCCGGUCCAGGUGGGAACCAGCAGGAAGCCGCUGCUCCAAAUGACCCCAAAGCGGUUCCACAGGUUUCUCCUCGUCGAGCUUCCUCCACGGGAGAAGCUGAGCAGCCCGAUGACCUCAUCGUUGAAGUGAACGGCAAUCGCUCCGUUUCUUCGUCCGUCAUCAGCGAAAAGUACAAAGUCGGCAAAGUGAUCGGAGACGGAAACUUCGCGGUGGUGAAAGAGUGCGUUGAGAGGUCGACGGGACAGGAGUACGCUCUGAAGAUCAUCGAUAAAGCUCGCUGCUGUGGGAAGGAGCACCUGAUAGAAAACGAGGUGGCCGUGCUGCGCAGGGUUCGACAUCCCAGCAUCAUCCAGCUGAUCGAGGUGGACGAGACCUCCAGUCAGCUGUUCCUGGUCAUGGAGCUCGUCAAGGGCGGCGACCUGUUCGACGCCAUCACCUCGUCCACCAAGUACAGCGAGCGUGACUCCAGCGCCAUGGUGUUCAACCUGGGAGGAGCCGUGAAGUACCUGCACCAGAUGAACAUCGUGCACCGGGACAUCAAACCAGAGAACCUGCUGGUGUGCGAGUACCCGGACGGCACCAAGUCGCUGAAGCUGGGCGACUUCGGCCUGGCGACGGUGGUGGAGGGCCCGCUGUACACCGUGUGCGGCACGCCGACGUACGUCGCCCCGGAGAUCAUCGGAGAGACCGGCUACGGCCUGAAGGUGGACAUCUGGGCGGCCGGCGUGAUCACCUACAUCCUGCUGUGUGGAUUCCCUCCCUUCAGAAGUGAGAACAACGUCCAGGAGGAGUUGUUCGACCAGAUCCUCAGAGGGAAGCUGGAGUUUCCGUCUCCGGACUGGGACGCCAUCAGCCUCCCGGCCAAGAUGCUGAUUAGUCAGAUGCUGCAGGUGAACGUGGACACCCGGUUCACCGCCGAGGAGAUCUUGGCCCACCCAUGGGUGACGGACGAGGCUCCGGUAGAGUCCAACACUGUGAGCAGCACUGAAGACCAGACCAGUGGAGAAGUACUGGAUCCAGAGCAGGAAUCCCCACAACUGGAAACCAAACAAGUUCCUUCACCUCUGGUUUAAAACCGGAAACCCCCAAAAGGUUUCCUCACCUCUGGUCAAGACCCGUCCAGGAAACUUGACAAGUUCCCUCAAAUCUGGUCCUUUUUCCCCCUAUUUUUCACCAAUAAAACACUUAAAUGAGUUUCAUCACCUUCGGUGUAGAACCAUCACCUGUUUGAUCUCCUGGAAGCCAAACCACCAUCUGGUCGAGGGUUGGACCCGUUUCUUCUACUAGAAACCAAACAUGUUCCCUCUUUCUUGAUCUGGUUUAGAAUCUGUUCCGUUUCAACAACUGGAAUCCAUCGAGGUUCCUCCCCUCUGGUCUAGAACGCGUCAUCUCGGGCCUAGAACGGAACCAAAAGGAAGAUGUUCCUUGUUGUGCUAAAAAGCAAACAAGUUUUCUCAAAUAUGGUCGAGAAGACAUGGCGUUUCAUCUACUGCAGGCUAAACAAGUAUCCUCAUCUCUGCUCUAGAACGCCUCCUGUUCCAUCUAAUAGUACCCAAACAAGUUCCUUCAAAUCAUCUGGUCUAGAAUAUAUCCCUUUUACCAAACAAGUAUUCUCAUCUCUGCUCUAGAACGCCUCCUGUUCCAUCUACUAGUACCCAAACCAGUUCCUUCAAAUCAUCUGGUCUAGAAUAUAUCCCUUUUACCAAACAAGUAUUCUCAUCUGUGCUCUAGACCUGUUGUAUCUACUGGAAACCUGUGGAAUAAAACUGGAAUAAAAGUUCUCUCAA